AUGACUUCCACCAUUGCAAGUAGACCCAACCGCAAAGCCUUGAUAGGCUCAUCUUCAAGCUUCUGGUCGCAUACAUCUGAAUCAGGAUUCGACCUUACCCAUCCAUCUGCUCACACAUCGCCGGUCCAAGGGCCUACUUAUACUCUCGAAACCUCAACCGAACCCAUAACAGUUGAUCCCUCCAAGUCAGCCCUUGUUAUCAUCGAUAUGCAAAACUUCUUUCUCUCAGAAGCUUUCGGUCGCAACAAAAAGGGUGCUGGACAUGCUGCUUGCGAACAACUGGUUCAACAUGCAAUACCCGCCGCUAGAAAGGCAGGCAUCAGGAUAGUUUGGGUGAACUGGGGUCUCACAGAGCAAGAGGUCAAGGAGAUGCCGCCAGCAGUCAAACGAGCCUUUGGAUUUUUCGCCAUCCCCUCAGAGAAGAACUUCAACCCAGGAGACGACGCUUUCGGACAUCAUGAAGACAGUGUGAGUGUAGAUCGCCAUGGCAACGAGGACAAGGCCGUCUACUUCGGACUAGGCGCAGAUCCUGGAGUCAUCACAUUCCCAGACGGUAGAUCUGUUGAAGGCGGUAGGCUGCUCAUGCGUGAUACUUGGAACGCAGCAUUGUAUCCUCCUCUCGAUGCUAUAUACGCUGAGGGCAGCAAACUGGACAAGAACCCGGACGUCUGGAUUCACAAAAACAGGAUGAGCGGGCUGUGGGGCGCCACAACGCCAUUGAAAGAGUUCCUGGAUAAAGAGGGUAUCAGGACGCUAUUCUUCACUGGAGUCAAUACAGAUCAGUGUGUGGGCGGAACGUUGACGGAUGCUUUUAGUAAUGGGUAUGAUUGUGUGCUUCUGGGAGAUGGCUGUGGGACUACGUCGCCAGAGUGUGCACAGCAGUGCUGGGAGUAUAAUGCGAGUAGAACAUUUGGGUUCUGUGCGAGCUGCGAUCAGUUUGCAAAGGGUGUGAGUGGGGUUGGACAACCAUAA